UACGAGAUUCUGGCGCUUUCCCGUAUCAUGAAUGCAUACGAAUACGAUCAGGAGGAAUCAUCGUUGUCAUCGUCAAUGGGAAUGGAAGCAGUGGACAUGAACAUGAGAGCAGCGGUGGCGGCCGUGGAAGACAUUCUCCGCUACCGCUUCAAGGACAAGACCCUCCUUCAGGAUGCCUUGACCCAUUCUUCCUACACUGACUCUCCUUCCUACCAACGCCUCGAGUUCGUGGGUGACGCCGUUCUCGGUCUCGUUCUAGCCGAGAAUGUAUUCCGAGACUACCCAGACCUCGACCCCGGUCAUCUCUCUCUCCUCCGUGCUGCCAACAUUAGCACAGAGAAGCUCGCCCGUGUUGCCGUCCGCCACGAGCUCUACCGCUACGUCCGUCACAAAGCCCCUUCUCUUGAAGCCAAGGUUAGCGAGUUCGUCCUUGCUGUUCAAGAAGAAGAUGGCGCCGUUACCUACUGUGGAUCUGUUAAAUCGCCUAAGAUUUUGGCUGACAUUGUUGAGUCUGUUGCCGCAGCUGUUUACGUCGACUGUAAUUAUGACCUCAAAGCUCUGUGGAAGGUUUUUAAGAGACUUAUGGAGCCAAUUAUUACCCUUGAAACCUUACACAAGCAACCACAGCCGGUGACCGUGUUGUUUGAGUUUUGCCAGAAGCAGGGGAAGCAAGUGGACGUUAAGCAUUGGAGGAAAGGGUCCAAGAAUAUUGCUAGUGUUUACGUGGACGGGAAGCUCAUUGGCUCUGGUUCCUCAGAUCAAAAGGAGAUAGCCAAGCUUAAUGCUGCGAAGGAAGCUUUGGAAAAGCUGUGGAAAUUGCAACCCUCGGAGACCAAGACUGGGGGUGGUAAUGGAGCUGACAAGAUUGAGGGGGCAAAGCACAAGUUGAAUGAGAUAUGUGGCAAGAAGAGGUGGCGUCAGGCCAAGUAUAGCAUUAAAAGUGAGGAAGGUCCUUCCCACGACAGGAAAUUUAUCUGUUCAGUUAAAGUAGACACUGUUGAUGGUACAUAUAUUUCAACUGGGGAUAUAAGGUCAAGGAUAAAAGAUGCAGAGAACUCGGCAGCAUCAGUGUUUCUUCACAGCUUGAAAGACAAUGAACAUUGUGUUGGACUGGUAAUCUGAAAUCUGAGUUGUUGGAUUAUUCAUAUUAUUAUUAUUGUAGUUUAACCCUAGACAGGUAUUUGGUUGAGAUGAGAGAUG